UGUUAUUUGUUUUCAAAGUCCUUGUUCCUGCUGCUAGUUGAUGACCUUCGUAAGAUCGAUUCGCUCCAUUUGCAGAAUGUCCAAAUACUCCGGCACCAAUCUGGCAUCGCUGACACCGGCAGAUGUGAAGCUGUGGCUCGAUUCGUUCGACACCGUGCUAACCGACUGUGACGGUGUGAUCUGGGUGGAAAACAACCCCCUGCCUGGAGCAACUGACGUGGUCAAUCGGUUCCUUUCCACCGGCAAAAAGCUGUUCUUCGUCACUAACAACUCCACCAAAACUCGACCCGAGUUCGUGGAGAAAGCCACCAAGUUGGGUUUCAACGUUACGAUUGAAAAUAUUAUCUCCACAGCGUACCUGGCCGCACAGUACCUGAAGAAUUUGAGCUUCACGAAAACCGUGUACGUUAUCGGUUCGUCCGGUAUCACGAAGGAGCUCGAUGCCGUCGGUAUCCGGCACAUUGGUACCGGGCCGGACACACUGACCGGUACGCUGGCAGAGGCAGUGUCCGGGUUCGUACCCGAUCCGGACGUCGGUGCAGUGAUUGUGGGAUUCGAUGAGCAUUUCAGUUUUAUGAAGAUGUUGAAAGCCGCCUCUUACCUCAACAAUCCCGACGUCAUUUUUAUCGCUACGAACACGGACGAACGGUUUCCAACGCCGGAUCGCGUCAUUCCCGGCACGGGGAGCAUUGUGCAAGCCGUGAUCACGUGCGCCGAGCGUCAACCGAUCGUGAUGGGCAAACCGAAUGCACACAUUUGCGAGAUCAUCCGCAAGGAGUACGACGUAGAUCCUGGCCGAACGCUCAUGAUUGGCGAUCGCUGCAAUACCGACAUAUUGUUGGGAAAGAAUUGUGACUUUCAGACGCUGCUCGUCGAAACGGGUAUCCAUAAUGCAACCGAUGUGCAAAAGUUUGCCACCUCCGACGAUCCGGCAAUUAGGGCGCUCGUUCCAGACGUGUACCUGGCCAAGCUGGGUGAUUUGUUGGCGUACAUGUAAAUACAUUGGGCCCGCGGGGAGACGUUAUUCGCAUAGCGAACAUUGAAAAUUGUAAAACAAUUAUCGGUCUGGCGAUCCACUCUUCCGAUUGGUGCAUAAAACAGAACAAAACGUCCAAUAAAUGCACAAUGACGAUUGUAAAUUA